CCCCCAAAUGAAAAUGUGCUCUGGGCCCCAAAGAGCCUCGGACCGGCCCUGGAGUGGCUCUGCUCCAGGUUUUAACUCCUAAACCUCCAACAUGGCCGCCCUGCUGCCAGCAUCCUGAUGGAGGACUUCCUUUAAGGCAGGUGUUAGCAGCGCAGCUAGCUGCUCCGUGAUGACAGCUACCGGAAGUGGCUGCAGAGGAAGAGGAGGAGGAAGAGCAGGAGGGGCGGAGUCUGUUUGUUGACAUCGGGACGAAAGCGAAAAUCAGAUGAUUGAGGACUGAAAACAGCUUCACUGAGCCCGUCACCAGGACACGAAGCCCAGGUCCUCUGUUCUGCCCGUCUCUGACCUGAGCCAGCAGCGCGGGGCGAACAUGGCAGCCAAAGCGGGCGACGACCCGGACAGCCUGAUGACGCUGGCCACCGUGUUCUGCCUGAGGAACCUGAGGAAGACGAUGUGCUACCAGGGCUUCAGGAACAAGCUCUGCAUGCGCGCCGACAUCUUCCUGCCCAGCGAAAUCUGCGACAAACUCGUCAACACGUACAUGGAGCUGGUCCACACUGACAGCAACUUUGAGCCGGAGGAGAGCUUCUUCCAGCUGUUCUCGGACCCGCGCAGCACCAGGCUGACCCGGGUCCAGCUGAGGGAGGACUUCGUCCGGGACCGGGACCUGGAGGCCAUCAGGAAGCAGGACCUCAUCGAGCUCCACCUCACCUACUGCAACAGCCUGUCGUCCCGCAGUCUGAAGACGCUGUCCAGCUUCCGGGAGACGCUGGUGUCUCUCUGCCUGUUCGGCUGCAGUAACAUCUUCUACAGGAAGGGCGGCGCCCCGCUGGCCUGCACCGAGGACUCCGAGGACGAGGACGAGGACGUGCCGGCCGCCCGGCAGGCCCUGGAGACGGACUUCAGCUUCCAGGGCUUCAACCGGCUGCGGCUGCUGAACCUGGGCCAGCUGCCCGACGACGUGGAGGCGGAGUCUCUGCUGCGGCCGCUGCGCUCCGUCACCGCGCUGGACCUGUCCAACGUCCGCCUGCAGGGGGCGGCCUUCCUCACGCAGUGGAGGGAGCGGCUGGCCUCGCUCGUCCUCUACAACGUGGAUCUGUCGGAGGAAGUGGUCGGCACCGUGCUGGAGCUGGUCAACCUCAGACAUCUGGACCUGUCCCGGGAGAGCAGGCGGAACGUGAAGUUCAAGAUGACCCGGAAGAUCCUGACGGUUCUGGUGCAGCGGCUGCUCCACCUCGUCUCCCUGGACAUCUCUGGUCACAUCAUGCUGGACAACUGCACCAUGCCGCACUUCGAGGAGGCCGUGGGCCGGCCCAGCACCGAGCCGUGUAAGAGCAGCAUCUACCCGCUGCAGGAGCUGAAGAGGCCGCUGCAGUUCCUGGGCCUCUACGACACGACGCUCUGCAACGUCACACACAUCCCGGCCUACAAGGUGACCGGGUCAAAGAACGAAGAUCAGGUUCUGAACGCCAUCGAAGCCUACACCGAGUUUCGCCCGGAGCUCGCCCACAAAGCCAUCAACCAGCUGUUCGACAUCGCCCGGAUACAGCACUGCAGCCAGCUGCUGCGGGCGCUGCAGCUGGUGAUCGCCGCCCUGAAGUGCCAUAAGUACGAUAAGAGCAUCCAGGUGACGGGCAGCGCGGCGCUCUUCUACCUGACCAACACCGAGUACCGCAGCGACCAGAGCGUCCGGCUGCGCCGCGACGUCAUCCAGGUGGUUCUGAACGGGAUGGAGCAGUACCAGGAGGUCACCGUGCAGAGGAACUGCUGCCUGACGCUCUGUAACUUCAGCAUCCCAGAGGAGCUGGAGUUCCAGUACAGUCGGGUCAACCAGCUGCUGCUGAAGAUCCUGGAGCCGGCCCGGCAGGACGAGUCCAUCCAGAGGAUCGCCGUGCAUCUCUGCAACGCCCUGGUCUGCCAGGUGGACAACCACCACAAGGAGGCCGUGGGCAAGAUGGGCUUCGUCAAGACCAUGCUGAACCUGAUCCAGAAGAAGCUGCAGGACCGAACGUGUGACCAGGUGAUGGAGUUCUCCUGGAGCGCGCUCUGGAACAUCACCGAUGAGACGCCUGAUAACUGCCAGAUGUUCCUGAACUGCCGCGGCAUGAGCCUCUUCCUGGAGUGUCUGGAGGAGUUUCCAGACAAGCAGGAGCUCCACCGCAACAUGCUGGGGCUUCUGGGUAACGUGGCGGAGGUGAAGUCUCUGCGGCCGCAGCUGCUCACGCCUCAGUUCAUCACCGUGUUCAGCAACCUGCUGGAGAGCAAGGCGGACGGCAUCGAGGUCUCCUACAAUGCCUGCGGCGUUCUGUCACACAUCAUGUUCGACGGGCCCCAGGUGUGGAGCAUGGAGGAGCCGCGGCGCGAUGCCGUCAUGGACAGGAUGUGGGACGCCAUCCAGAGCUGGGACGUCAGCUCCCGCCGCAACAUCAACUACAGGUCGUUUGAGCCGAUCCUGCGGCUGCUUCCUCAGGGCAUCGCCCCCGUCAGCCAGCACUGGGCCACCUGGGCGCUCUACAACCUGGUGUCGGUUUACCCCAGUAAAUACUGUCCGCUGCUGAUAAAGGAAGGCGGCGUUAGUCUUUUGGAGAAAGUCCUUGAGCUGGACAGUUCCCAGCCAGAGACCAAGGAGAUGGCGAGGAAGGUGAUGGAGCAGUGUGAGAACUUCAAGGAGGAUCCGAUGGAGACGAACAGCGGCCAGGAGGCCAACUACGGCCAGAGAGGCUGAGCCAGAACCAGAACCAGAACUCCCAGUCUGCAGCGGGUCCAGAACCGGCUGGUUUCUGCUUCUUUUCCCGUUUCCUCUUGUUUCGUAGAGCAGAGCGAGUUCUGAACCCGAACACAUCAUUGGAGCCGCCAUGUUGGGUCGGGAGGGCUGUGUGUGUGUGUGUGUGUGUGUGUGUGUGUGUGUGUGUGUGUGUGUGUGUCUGUGUGUUGGAGUAGCACAGAUCUCCAGUUCUCAGAUGGGACUGGUGUUUCCUCCUCUGUUAGCGCCCGGUCCGGUCCGGUCCGGCGCUGGACUCGUUGUUAAAUAUGUAAAUAUUCAGUGUGGGUUUCUUCUUUUACUGUGUGGAUGUUUUAUAAACGGCUGUAAACACUCAUGACUCACAAUAUUUAAACGGAAAUGACCUGCUGUCGGCGCCGACCAUCCACACCAGCAGCCCUGGACAGAACCAGAACCAGUUAAACAAAUGGAACUAGUUAGAGGACUGUGAACCAGUUAAAUCUCCUGAACCAGUUAACUCACCAGUUGGACGACCUUGAACCAGUGACUCAGAACGACUCAGCAGAAGGUGAAUCUCGUUUCCGGGUCGUAUCGGGUUUCCUUUCUCUAACUUCCUGUUCGUCUGACAGACGAAGAAGAAACUGCUGAGUCGUUCUUAAAACGCCAAGUCACUGGUUGCCAUGGUGACUCUGAGGAGACCAACGGUUGCUGUGUGAAAACUAAAAAAACUUUCAGCCUGCGAGAACCAGGCUGAACCAUCGGGUCCGGUUUGUUCAGAACCAAUCGGAGUGGGCGUGGCUCCCUGGGCUCUGAUUGGUCAGAAACCAGGAAGUUCUGGAUGGAAGGAGACAGAAAGACUUGCGAUUGGAUGGAGGAACUGGAUGUUCAACCGGGUCAGAACCGUCAUCACGCUGAACUGGAAAACGGGUCAGACAAACUCCCUGUGGCCCGGUUCUGAUGGUUCUGAUGGAGUGGACGGCUGAGGGACAGAGGUCCAAACAGAACCGGGUUUCUCAUUAAAAUCAUGGUCAUAUCUGUAGUUUGGUGAAUUUCUGGAUUUUUCAGUCCAAACAGGGAAACCCGUUUGGCCUCUCAGUGCUGGUUCUGAUCCAAAUGGAGUCUCAGAUUUGGUUCAAGCCUUCGCUCUUAGAAAGACAUCUGGCAUGUCUGAAUAAUCCAGAAUAUCUGGGAUUAUUCCAGAGAUUUGAGGACAGAUUAAUAUGAAAUAAUAAUGUUUAUGAAAUCAGAACCGGUGGUCCGGUCCAGAGAUGCUCCUCCAUCUUGGUUCGGUUCCCAGAACUUCAGUCAGAUUAAAUAAUCCCGUUAAUCCCAGAACCUUCACCAGGACUUCUGUCUGUUUCCUGAUUCUUUUCCUGGUUCUGUUGGACGUUUUUCUCUGAUAGUCUGGGUUUUGGUUCCUUGUUGUUAUUGGUUCUGUUAUUGAUCCGAUUGCUCUGAUCAGGUGUUGAUCAGCUGUUCCAGAGACCUGCGCAGUAUUUGGACCCGGCAGAAGAAGAGGAUUGUUUCCGUCUGAACAGGAAACUGGACUGUUUGUGAUUAUUUACGGGUUCUGGUUUCAUCCUGUUUCUGUUGUUGAUUUAUUCUCUCUCUGCUGAAGAGUUCGAUCCAAAUGAAAAACAAACGGUUCCGUUUCUGUUGAUCUCAGUAGCUUCAUGACUUUAAUGUAAAAAUAUGAAUAAGCAAUAAACAUGGAGUGGUUAAACGAGC